CGCGACGCCUGGCAGAUACCCGAGCUAUGAACCGCAACGUGCGAGGGGACAAUGUAGAGUUCACGGUCAAGGCCGUGGAAGACCUGGUUCUCUCGGGCACGGAGCGCUCCGUGGUCCGCGUCCCGGCCAACAACAUGUACUCGUGCUUGAUGCAGAAGACCCAGCGCUUCUCGUCGCUCUUCCGCCACUACAGCAAGCACCAUGGCCUGCCCCGGGAGUCGCUGGACUUUUGCUUUAUGAACCUCCUCAGCCUCGAAGAUUCGCCCGAGUCGGUGCACCUGCAAAAGAACGACGUGAUACACGUUCGCCACCGCCGCCCGCUGGCCAUCGUACCACCACCUCGCCUGUCGGACGAAGAGUACUUUACGUCGAUGCGUCGCCUCCUCGAGAGUGGCGACAAUAGCGAUGUGGUGUUGCGGGUUGGGGCGGACGCCAAGGAGCUGCGCGGCCACAAGCUCAUUUUGACGACGCGCUGCGAAGUCUUUAACGCGAUGCUUAGAUCAGACUCGAUGCGGGAAAGCGAAAACGGCGUUGUGGUCUUGCGAGACGAUUGCCCGGACAUGGUCCGCCGGCUCCUCGAAUUCAUCUACACGAACCGGAUCGCCGACCUAGCCAUGCUCACCGCGACGCAACUCAUUGACCUUCUCGCACUCGCCGAACAGUACCUCUUGCGCACGAUGAAGGAACUCUGUGAAGCCGCGGCCGUCGAACUCAUCUCGAACGACCACUGCGCCAAGCUCCUCAGCGCCGCCGAGCGCUACAACGCGCAGUUCCUCAAGGACUCGUGCGUCAAGCACAUUGUCGAAAACAUGCAAGACGUUGUCGACGAAGACGCCUUUUGCCACGAAAUCCAGCAGUGCCCAUCGCUCGCGAUCAUCAUCAUGAAGGCCCACAGCGCCCACAGCACGUCCUUCUCGCCCGAGCCCGCGGCCAAGCGGCGACGCUUCAACAUGCCCAACGAAGAGUCCGACUACGAGUGAAGCGCGGGCUGUGUUUGUAUUUAAUGUCCACAAACGUACAUGCGACGACGCCUUAAGUGUGUCCUAGCACGUCGCGGGCCUGAGAUGUGGCGGAGACUCGCGGAAGCAGCAGUAGCCAGCCGCUGUCGAUCGA